AAUAAUAUAAUAAUGACAAUUUUUUUUUUACAUUUUCAGUUUUUCUGCUACUUUACGAUGUUUUCGAAAUUUGUAUUGGUUGAGUUGGCGCUGGUACUCUGUAUAGUGCCACGGAGCAUGUAUUGUGCUGGUAAAUUGGUAGUCAAAACAGACAGUUCGGAAACAUUUACAGAAGGUGUGAAAGCAACGUUAACCUGCACAUUCUCACCAGCCCAAGCAGAGGUUGAUAUAAGCUGGUAUAGAACAGCUGAAAUUGGUUUUGAAUCCAUAAUUGAGAGAGACGUCGUUGAAGAAGAAUAUAGGGAAAGGUUUUCCCUCGAAUAUAAGGGAACUUCGCAAAGAGGUGGUAAUGGCAAUUUAUUGAUAGAUCCUGUAAGACGGGAGGAUAAACGCAAAUACAGCUGCAGAAUAUAUAAUAAAGAGGAUGGAACUGAAGACGGCAACGUCGAUUUAGAUGUCCAGUGGCUUUCCGCUCCUACUGUGUCAUUAACACCGGAAGACAAAAACCGGAAUGGAUUUUCGCGAGGCGAAAACGCAACGUUAACCUGUAACCAUGAUGGAAACCCUAUGCCAGAUAUUAUAUGGUACAAAAACAACGAAACAAUAGAAAAUGAUAUUGACAGGUAUAUGCUCCACAAUAACAGAACUCUCUUGACAAUAACAAACAUUACUCUAGAAGAUCAUGAUGUUUUCAAUUGUUCUACAACAAACGUCGUUGGUACAAAAUUCAGUAACGGCGUUAAUCUUAACGUAAAACAUAAACCGAUUGUGAACGUUGUGUAUGAGGGUGUUGAUAAGAUUCGGUGUAAUGCGUCUGCUUAUCCAUUGCCUUACACUUACACGUUCGCCGUUGAUGGUGAGCCACAAUCUGGAGAAGAUGACAUUCUUACACUUAACGACGAAUACUCGGGAGCGUGUGUUAACGUUUCUUGCCAAGCAACUAACAUCGAAGGAGGAGGGUGGGAUGAAGAAGAAAUAUGCCUUAUUGGAAAACCGACACCUGAACCAGUAGAAAAGCUUAAAGGUGGUGUGAUUGCUGGUAUUGUGAUUGGAUGCAUUGUUGGAUUAUGUCUCAUUCUCCUCGCCUUACUGUUCGCUUGGAAGAAAAGCAAAUCACCAUCUGCCCCUAAGUCGUCUGCAACAAAGAAGUUAGUAUUAUUCCAAUCAUUGUUGUUUUUACUAGAGGAUUUGCUCGCUUUUCCUCAGUUAGUAUGUAGUUUCGAUAAAAAUAUCAAUAGAACCAGCAAAAGAAGAUAGGUUGCAUGUUGCAUGUUAUCUUGUGAUCA